UGUAAAACCACCUUGAAGCUUGAUUUUGUCUCCUUAUCUUUUACAGGAAUAACUCUGUGGGACCGUGAUGAUCUGAAGAAACAUCUUGGAGAGAGACCGCAGUCACAUAAUGAUUUUGAAGUAGUUGCAUCUGAAUCAAUUGAGGACAAAUCUUCAGCACUAAAUGUUAACACAUCACUGAAGGCAAGUUUCUUGGGUGGACUGGUUGAAGUUUCUGGAUCUGCCAAUUACCUCAAUGACAGUAAGUCUUCCAGAAAUCAGACCAGAGUAACACUGAAGUACAAGGCAACCACAAAGAUGCAGGAGCUGUCCAUGGAUCAUCUUGGAAGAGGCAAUGUGAAGCAUCAGUAUAUAACUGAUGAAGACUUAGCAACACAUGUGGUUACAGGUAUCCUUUAUGGGGCACAAGCCUUCUUUGUGUUUGACCGUGAGGUGUCUGAAAACGAAAAUCAUCAAGACAUUCAGGGAGACAUGAAAGCGAUGAUCAAAAAAAUCCCCUGCCUUUCAAUCGAUGGUGAUGGUUCCCUGAAAAUGAAAGACAAGGACAAAAAAAAUCUUGAUAAAUUCUCCUGCAGAUUCAUUGGAGACUUCUGCCUUCAGAAAACUCCUACAUCCUUUCAGGAAGCAGUAGAAGUCUACCAAAGCCUGCCAACAUUACUGGGAGCCAACGGAGAAAAGGCUGUACCAGUGAAGGUCUGGUUGUUGCCACUGACUAGUUUAGAUUCUUCUGCUGCCAAACUGGUCUGUCAGAUAAGUAUAAGACUAGUUCAAGAAGCACAGAGAGUCCUGGAGGACUUCAGUGAGCUGGAAAUGAGGUCCAAUGAUGCUCUGAGAUCCCCCACUGUACAGCAGUUCCCACAGAUUGGAGAAAAGAUGAAAGAUUUGAAAGAGAUGUGCUCCGAGUUCAAGCUGGAAUUCCAACGAACCUUAGCAAAGAAACUUCCAUCAAUCCGAGGAGGAGGAGAAGAAGAGGCUGAGCUGGCAGAGAUCCUGAAGAAGAGACAUUCUUCACCUUUCAACAGCAAAAACCUGAACUGCUGGAUGGACUGUAAAGGGAGAGAAAUCUCCAUUCUCAAAUCCUUCACCAAAAUAAUGAAAAACACCAAGACCAUCUCAUCUGAAGCUGGUCUAGAUGAAGAACUUUUCAGUGCAAAGCAUGCUGUGUGUUUUGUGUUCACCUCACUGGGAAGUGAUGAACCAUACCUCUCAGCUUUAUCAAACUACUUAAAAGGAACAAUCAAACCAGAAGAAGUUCAAGAUCCAAGGACUCACAAUAUAGAGAAAGAACAAUGGUACCGUUCCAAAGAAACAACAGAUGAAAUGAGGAAAAAAGCAAAACUCUUCAGUGAUUUUGCAGAAGCCAACAUGGAGAACAAGAACACAAAGUUCCUGAUGGUGGGUUUAACAAAUGAGACACAGAAAGGUUCAAGCAUCUACCUUUAUGAAGACGGUUUCUCUGUCAGUGAGAACUUUGAGCCGCCUUCAAAGCCUGAAACUGUGACAGCAGCAGACAUAAACCACAACAGUGUGAAUCUGAAGGUUUCUCCUCCCAGAUUUGGAGCAGAGAACAUCACCUCCUACUUUGUGGAGUUCUGUGUCAGAGGAGAGGAGGAAUGGAAGCAAAAGAAAGUGCUGAAAGCUGGAGAAGUCACAGUGAGCGAUCUGAGUCCAAACACAAAGUACAUGUUCAGAUGCAGAGCAGUGACCUCAGCAGGCGUCGGGCCGGCCAAUGUAGUCAGUGACUCCAUUAAAACCUUACCCUGCAGCCCUCCUGGAGAACCUCAUGUUGAAGCAAACUCAUGUGAGAUCUCAGUCAGCUGGAAGAAACCUGCUGAGCUCGGACAGGACGUCCAGAUAUUGAGCUACAUCUUGGAGUUUGCACAAACAGACAAUAAGGUGAAAGAAGAAGAUCUGCAGUGGAAACAAAUGAAGACAACGGCUGAAGAGGCGAUCAUUUCAGGACUUCAGUCAGAGACAGGAUAUGCAGUCAGGGUCAGAUGUGAUUGUGGUGUUGAUGGAAAAAGCAGAGAAAGCAUCACUGUUAAUGUCUCUACAACAACAUUCAAACAUCUCCCAGAAACAGUCAGACGUACAAGUGAAAGGAUGAACUCUGAUUCACCAUCAGUUUACAAACUGAAACCAGAAGAAGAAGAAGUUGGCACAGACGGCUGCAGGAAGUUUACCUUUGGAAAAGAAAGCAGGAGGGAGAAUCGUACAAUAAUUGUUUGCGGAGGAACUGGAACAGGAAAGUCGACUCUGAUCAACGGAAUGAUCAACUACAUCCUGGGUGUCCAAUGGGAGGACUCAUAUCGCUUUAAGUUAGUCCAUGAGGAUCAGUGGAGAUCACAAAGUCACAGCCAGACGUCUGAAGUCACCGUGUACAAAAUCAACCACCAGGAGGGAUUUCAAAUAAAUCACUCACUGACCAUCAUUCACACUCCAGGAUUUGGAGAUACAAGAGGAAUAAAAAGAGACAAACUGAUCACAGAGCAGCUAUGUAAUCUCUUCUCUGCUGACGAUGGUGUUGGUCAAAUUGAUGCUUUGUGUUUUGUAGUUGAGGAUACUUUAGCACGACUCACACCAACACAGAAACAUGUGUUUGAUUCAGUUCUCUUAAUGUUUGGCAAAGAUGUGACAGAAAACAUCCAGAUUCUGGUGACGUCUGCAGACGGCCAGCAGCCUCCAGUUCUAGAGGCCAUCAAAGCUUCAGGUGUCCCAUGUCCUAAAACAGAUGACGGACUGCCAGUUCACUUCAAAUUCAAUAAUUCAGCGUUGUUUGUAGACAACAAAUCAUCUGUGACCAACAACACAGGUAAAGAUGAAGAUGGAGGCUUUGAUCAGAUGGUUUGGAACAUGGGAACAAAAAGCAUCAAAAGGUUCUUUGCUGCUCUGAAUGUCAUCAAAUCUAAAAGCUUGAAACUGACAAAGGAGCUCCUCAAAGAGAGACGACAGCUGGAGGAUUCAGUUGAAAGUUUACAGGAGCAGAUUAAAACUGGUUUAGCCAAACUGGAAGAGAUGAUAAAACUAUGUGAUGAGGUUAAAGGAGACAUCGAUGAGGACUCUGAGAAUGAAGAAGACAGCAGAGACGACUCUGAGAAUGAAGAAGACAGCAGAGAGGACUCUGAGAAUGAAGAACACAGCAGAGACGACUCUGUGAUUGAAGAAGACAGCAGAGCGGACUCUGAGAAUGAAGAACACAGCAGAGACGACUCUGUGAUUGAAGUGACUGUGAUGAAGCCUUACAAAAAGGAGAUUUCUGGUCCUGGAAGGUUGAUCAACUGUCAGCAGUGUCAUGUGACCUGUGGAGCAUCCAGUGAUCCAGAUGAAGGAGAUGCUGCUGAGGGAUCACAUGGAUUCUGCUCCAAGUGUCCAGGCAGAUGUCACUGGAGUGUCCAUUUGUUACAAAAGUACAGAUGGGAGUACAAGGGAGAGAAAGAGAGAGCAACAGUGAAAGAGGUGAAAGAAAAGUAUUGGAACCCAUGUGUUUUAUUUAAAGGUCCUGAAUACCGAUGUGCGAAGGCUGAUUUGAAGGACUUGAUGAAGCGUUCUGCUGGGUGUUUAGAUAAACUAAAAAAGAUGUCACUGAGGCCUGAUCUUCUGUCAACUGAAGAGUACAUCAACCUGCUCAUUAAAGGAGAGGAAUCAGAGAAACGACCAGGCUGGGAGACACGAGUGAAGGUCCUGGAAGAAGACAUGCUGGUGCGGCAAGCCUUUGAGGGCUGUGUUCAUUCUUGAGGAUGAUUCCCAGAGGAAAAUCUUACUGCUCAAAAUUUGCACUUCUAUGGUUUGGGAGACAGUACUGUGACUCUUAUUUUAGGCUCAUUUUCUCAUAUUUUUCUGCUAAAAUUCACUGGGAGAUGUAGGUGAGAAAGGACGAGAACAAUUAGCAACAGGAGUCAUACUCGAGAUUUAAAGGAAAUAAUUCCCAACUUUGACUAACGGCUCCUUUUGAUCUCAGUUGAGCUGCAUGUGAAACACACACACAACUGUAUAACUGAAAAUCUAAACGAAGUGUUGGAGUCAGAAUCAGAGUUUGAUGAUUCAAAGCGUUUGAACCACUAAAAAGUUGUGACAUGUAAAUCUGUCAGAUUGAGCUCUGAGUCUCCGUCAUCAAUCAAAGCCAUCAGAUUAGUAUCAGUGAACAUCCUCUGAUCACAUUUCCUUCACUUGGAUUCUUCCACUGCAGCUGUUGUUCAUGUUAGAAAUAAAAGUCAGCCUCCAGUUUCCAGCAGAACGUUGCUCACUAAGUAGCUCUGUGAUCCUAGAAAACAUGAUCACAUGAAAUUCAUGGACAUUUUUCACACAUUUCACUUUUCUGUCAAACUGUUCAGCUGAUAAUCACUGAAAGAUGAAAAUGGAUGAAAGUGAAAACAACUGAAGAAUCUUCACUGGAGGUUUCAGUGUUUUAGACUCCACUGUUUCAUCUGAUAAUCAACAAUAAAUACGUUUCAUCAUGA